AUGGCAGACUCGUGGGAUGAAUUGGUGGGCGAAAAUGACCCAAAUCAUAUUGGGCAUGAUGAGGCUUCGCUAGGCAGCCACAAUGUUGGAGAUGCUUAUGUUGCUCCUGAUAUCUAUCAUGUUUAUGACUCCGAUGACGCAAUGACAUCAGAUGAUGAAUAUCACGAGGCUAGAGCUAACCUACGUGCAUAUGGUGAAGGGAGGAAAAGGAAAGUGAUUGCAAGAGUUGCUGUUGGUGGAGAAGAGGUAGACCAGCUUGAGGAAUUUGAAGAAGAUGACUCUGAAAAUGAGGAUGAUGAAGGCAAAGAAAAUGGUGAGAAUUCACACCACUCCAUUCCCCUUCAGAAUACUGAGCCACCUGAAGAACCUCAGCCACCUGAACAACCUCAGCCACCUCGAUUUGAUGUUAAUGGGGAGGGCUCUCAGCAUUCGAACUACAGAUUGUUAGAAGACUCAGAUCAUGUAAGGGGCAACUUGUCAAAUGAGGAGGAUGGUGAUUUGUAUGAUGAUGCACCACGGUAUGAUCCACUCUGCGACCAUAAGCAACUUGAGUUUGUAUGUAGAAUGAAAUUCGAUGGGGUAGAGCAGUUCAAAGAUGGUGUUGUAAGACAUUCUGUAGCACAUGAAGCAUAUCUGAGAUGGAUUCAGAGCAACCCUACGAGGAGAGAGGUGAAGUGUAAAGAUGAGAACUGUCCAUGGAGGUUGUAUGCAAGCUGGUUCAAGAAGGAUAAGUGCUUCAUGUUAAGGAAAGUGGGGCUGCCACACUCAUGUGCAAGGCGUCUCUCAGUUAACCAAGUCACAGCAAAGUGGAUAGCCUCAGAUAUGUUAGAGAGAUUCAGAAUUAACCCAGAGUGGGCUCCAGAACAGAUUAUGGUUGAGGUGAAGUUAAAGCACAACAUGGAGGUGAAGAAGAGAACUUGCUACAGAGCUAAAGUAGAGGCUAUCAAGAUAUUAAGUGGGUCAUUGAGUGAUGAGUAUAACUUGAUUAAGAGAUAUUUAGCUGAGCUGAAGAAGAGGGAUAGGGAUGGUCGUUUCCAGCUGGAAGUUGACCCGCACCCAGAUGAGGAUAAGUGCUUAUUCAAGCGCUUAUAUGUUGGUUUUUCCUGUUUGAAGGAUGGAUUCCUUUGGGGCUGUCGUCCUAUGUUUGGUCUGGAUGGCUGUUUUCUUAAAGGGGAGGUAAAAGGUAUGCUUCUCACAACAGUGGGUAAAUAUGGAAACAACCAGAUGUUCCCAAUUGCCUGGGCGGUUGUGGAAGGAGAAAAUACCAACUCUUGGACAUGGUUCGUGGAUAUUCUAACUAAAGAACUUGGUUUAAUUGAUGGUAGAGGAUGGACUGUUAUAUCGGACCAGCAUAAGGUAUAG